CAGCUUGUAUCGUUUUCUUUACAUUCUUUUAAUUUGAUUAAAUAUUUUUUAUCGUUCCAGCUACGUAACAUUUUUUAAAAAUCUUUUAACAAAGUCACAAAACUCAGUCAAUUUUGAACUUUUGUAGAUUUUAAAAUGUGUGAAGCGAGAAAAACAAAUUUAAAUGGUUUUUUUGUGCAAAAGAAAACCUAAACAAUCAGUUUAACUUUUCUACCUUGUAGUAUCAGAGAAUAGUUAUGACUGUUUAUUCAUAUGUUUGCAUUUGAUAGGCCUGUUGAUGCAUACCAGUGACUCUGUUGACUCUCUUUAGAUUAAAACAUUCCUUUGCAGAAUCGUUUCUACCUCACGCUCCAGGUGUGAGUCCAGAUCUCUGCUGAUUCUAAUCCAGAAGAAGAAGAAGCUGCGGUGGGAACAUGUUUCCAUCACCGUGUCGGAUCCUGAAGGCGCUCUGCUGCUGCUGCCUGAAGAAACUGGGAGUUCAGACCUGCUGGGCUGCAGUUACCGGGACUGUUCAGAUCAUGGUGGGUGUGCUUAAUAUCGGCCUCGGACCGGGAAGAACAAGCACUCGUCUGGGGGAUUUUACCAGCCUGGGAGCUGCUUACUGGUUGGGCGCUGUGUUUAUCGUAACAGGAAUCAUGACCGUUUUAGCGGGUCGGUUCCCUUCCUCCUGCUUGGUGGGCUUCUCUGUGUUGCUGAACAUUGUUGGUGCGAUCUUCUCCAUCACUGGCAUCGUGUUGUACUCCAUCGACCUGAUCAACUCCUCUCUGCUCUGGGUUUGCGACCGCUCCGGUUCUGAUCCAGACCGCUACGACGACAGCUGCAGAAACGUGGCCGCUUUCGAUCAGAACUUACUGACGUCUCUGGACAGAGCCUUGAUUCUCCUGGCUGUUCUGCUGUUGGUUGUCAGUAUUUCUUUUGCUGCUCUUGGCAUCGGGUUCCUGACUGGUGAGGUGAAGGAAGAAGAGGUAAAAUGUUGGGGAUCUAUUAUGCAAAACUCACAUUUUGCACUUUUUUAUGGUUCCGUUUGAGUCUCAACUGCUUCUAAAAACAGCCGGAGCACUUAAAAAAACACACUGCCAUCUUUUGGCAAUACGUUCAAGUGUUUGCAGUUUCAAAAACCUCCGGAAUGUAACCUCACAAAUCAGCAGGUGCUGCACUAUUACCUAGCAACCUGGAAGCCCACACCGUCACCUAGCAACCCCAGCCGACCUCCAGCGGUUUGGUCAGCUGGCUUUA